UCUUCCAUUCCUCCUCUACCACGGGCAGCGGUCGGCUGAGCCCCCGCAGGUAGAAGCGCUGCCUCUGCCACCUGUCUCGGCCGCUCCGCGCGUUUUGCAGCAUUAUCGGGAACCGCCGCUGCCUGCCCGCGGGGCUAGGGCAGGUACGAGGGCCGGCCGUGCUACGCCGUGCCGGCGGCCCCUCUAGCCUCUCAUCACCCUUUCUGUCUCUGUCCCGCAGUAGCGCCUGGUCCCGUCGUCCCGCAAAGCCUCCCAGGCGGCUGCGGUGCGUCCAUGUGAACCCUGGCCGCGGGGUUCUCGCCCGCGGUUCCGAAGGCUGCGCACCCUCCGGUCUUGCCCCCCGGCAGUGGUGGUAGGUGGAGGACGUCGAGGCAGCGCUGGAGUGAGCAGGGGCGGCAUGGCGUCCUGGCGGCGAAGACGGCCGGGGCCCGGCUUGGCGCGGCUGUGGGGUUUGUGCUGCCUGGUGCUGGGCUCCUGGUGGGGCGCGCUGGGCUGCCCUGCGUCCUGCCGCUGCAGCUCCUGGCGGAUCUGGUGCGCGGAGCCGGUGCCAGGCAUCAUCUCCUUCCCCGUGCCGCAGCGGAGCACCGAGGGCGACAAUGUCACCGAGAUUUACAUUGCAAACCAGCAGAAAUUAGAAAGUAUCAAUGACAAUGACGUCGGAUUUUAUGUCGGACUUAAAAAUCUGACUGUGGUGGAUUCAGGCUUAAGGUUUGUGUCCCAUCAGGCAUUUGUGAAAAACGUCAACCUACAACACAUCAAUUUAUCCAGAAACAAGCUCUCAAGUUUGUCCAAGAAGCCUUUUCGCCAUCUGGGUUUGUCUGAUCUGAUAUUGGUGGACAAUCCAUUCAAGUGUUCCUGUGAAAUUAUGUGGAUCAAGAAAUUUCAAGAGACCAAGUUCUACAGAGAAACUCAGGAUUUAUAUUGCAUAGAUGACAACAUCAAGAGGACAGCCUUGUUGGAUAUGACAGUCCCAAACUGUGACUUGCCCUCAGCAAACUUAAGCAAUUACAACAUCACCGUGGUGGAAGGAAAGAGCAUCACAUUGUACUGUGAUACUACUGGAGGGCCACCCCCUAAUGUAUCCUGGGUGCUCACUAAUCUUGUUUCAAACUAUGAGAGUGACACAAGUAAGAAUCCUGCCUCGCUAACCAUAAAGAACAUUUCAUCUGUGGACAGCGGACUGUGGAUUUCUUGCGUAGCAGAUAAUAUUGUGGGAGAGGACCAAGCCUCUGCCAAGCUCACGGUAUUCUUUGCACCAAAUAUCACAUUUAUUGAAUCUCCAACUCCGGACCAUCACUGGUGUAUUCCUUUCACUGUGAAGGGGAACCCUAAGCCCACAUUGCAGUGGUUCUAUGAAGGGUCUAUGCUGAAUGAGUCUGAAUACAUCUGUACUAAAAUACAUGUUAUCAAUCAAAGUGAAUACCACGGCUGCCUUCAGCUGGACAACCCUACCCAUCUGAACAAUGGUGCUUAUACCUUACUAGCAAAGAAUGAGUAUGGAAAAGAUGAAAAAUGGGUUAAUGCUCAUUUCAUGUCAGUGCCUGGAGAUGAGUAUGAAACCACACCUAAUGGCCUUGGAGACACCAUGAAUAACAGUAAUCGAAUCACUUCUGCAGAAGUUUCCAACAAAGAGAAUGAAGAUAGUAUCACUGUGUAUAUGAUGGUGGGAAGUGCAGCACUGGUGUGCACUGGCUUAGUAAUAAUGCUCAUUAUUCUGAAGUUUGGAAGACACUCUAAGUUUGGGAUGAAAGGUCGUUCUUCAAUUAUCAGCAAUGAUGACGAUUCGGCAAGUCCCCUCCAUCACAUCUCAAAUGGCAGUAACACUCCCUCUUCUUCUGAGGGGGGUCCUGAUGCAGUCAUCAUUGGGAUGACAAAGAUUCCCAUAAUUGAAAAUCCCCAGUACUUUGGAAUUGCCAGAAGUCAGCUUAAGCCAGACAACUUUGUUCAGCACAUCAAACGCCACAGUAUUGUUCUUAAAAGAGAACUUGGAGAAGGAGCCUUUGGGAAAGUCUUUCUGGCUGAAUGCUAUAACCUUUGUCCCAAGCAGGACAAGAUCUUGGUGGCAGUGAAGACACUGAAGGAUGGCAGUGACAAUGCCCGCAAGGACUUCCACCGUGAGGCAGAGCUGCUGACUAACCUGCGUCAUGAGCACGUUGUCAAGUUCUAUGGCAUCUGUGUCGAGGGUGAUCCACUCAUCAUGGUCUUUGAGUAUAUGAAGAACGGAGAUCUUAACAAAUUCCUCAGGGUACACGGACCAGAUGCAGUAUUGAUGGCAGAAGGCAACCGUCCUGCUGAGCUGACUCAGUCACAGAUGCUUCACAUUGUCCAGCAGAUUUCAGCUGGUAUGGUUUACUUGGCAUCACAGCACUUUGUGCAUCGGGAUCUUGCUACCCGGAAUUGCCUGGUUGGCGAGAACCUGCUGGUGAAGAUUGGGGAUUUUGGGAUGUCUAGAGAUGUGUACAGCACAGACUACUAUAGGGUUGGAGGUCACACGAUGCUACCUAUUCGUUGGAUGCCUCCAGAAAGUAUCAUGUACAGGAAGUUCACCACAGAAAGUGAUGUGUGGAGCUUGGGGGUCGUAUUGUGGGAAAUAUUUACCUAUGGCAAACAGCCAUGGUAUCAGCUGUCAAACAAUGAGGUGAUUGAGUGCAUCACUCAGGGACGAGUGCUGCAGCGACCUCGCACGUGCCCCAUGGAAGUAUAUGAGUUGAUGCUGGGCUGUUGGCAAAGGGAGCCUCACAUGAGGAUCAAUGUCAAAGAAAUCCAUUCUCUCCUCCAGAACUUGGCUAAGGCAUCUCCAGUUUACCUGGAUAUUUUAGGCUAAAACAUCCUAGCAUUUCUUCUUAUGGUCUGCGUGAAUGAAUGUGUUCAACUGCCACUGAACUCCAUUAAAAUGUGUUCUUUGACAGUAUUAAUGACAAAGAUAUGGAGAAGCUUUCAAAGGGCAAGCAAUGUGCACUUCUCCACCUAUAUACACAGUACUAACAUUUUAGACAUUACUGAAACAUAUACUCUCUCUUUCAGUUUCUAUCAUUUUUCCUCUAAUUAAUUUAGCUUCUGCAUUAUUGUAACUCUGCAUAGUCAAAGGCCUUAAAAAGUUGAUCUCUUAUAUCAGCACUCUCCAGGUAGCCCACCACAACUAACAAUGCCUUGUUGUAUUCAUGCCUUUGAUGUGGAAGAAAAAAGGGAAAAAUAUAUUUGACUCAAACUUUGUGAUUUCUGCUGUAUAGAUACUGGGAAUCUCUUUGUUUUUGCCUCAGUUUUUUUUUGCUUCAGCAUGUGGGUAGAAAAGACUAAUGUUCUCUAUAAGAAACAUUUCUUGCAGAGACAAAGCUAGAUGGAAUGAAAACAGCACUUAUGUGAUCCACUAUCUGAAGAAACUGUGGGAUCAGAUGGCAUCUAACCCCACUAAAAAAAACCACUGAAACAAUUUGAUGGAAGGCAAGAGGUGGUUUAGCACUUUUCUUGGACAGUCUUUUUGAGGAAUAAAGGGAUUGUUCAAGGAAGUGCGUGGCCAGCAUUUUUCUUUGCCAGAUGCAAGUCUGUGGUAAAAGGGAAAAAGAUAUUGUCUGUACUGCACACAAUUAUUUUACAAAAUUAUGAACAAAACACUUGCCCUUAUUUUGUCUUCUGGUAGGAUACUGGCAUGUCACUGCUAUAAAAAUAUUCUCCAGCUAGUCUUUGGUAAUUAAGGCUGAAGCUAGGCUUAUAUAAUGUACAUGAUUAAUUUCAGGAUCAAGUGUUUAAGCUAAGGAUUUUGUUAAGAUAGGGCAAGCUAUAGAUGCUGGGGCAGGUGUAUGUAUGGUGCUAGUCCAGCAGCAUAUUCCUUCCUUCCUCAAUUUUUUUUUAAACUCUGCAAGCAAAACUGUGAAUGUUAUUUGUUGAUUAAUGUCCUUUGUGCAGAAAUUAAUCUCUCAUCUUGUAGUACACCCUUGUACUAAGUCAUAUAUAUAUAUAAACUUCAUAUAGCUAACUCAUAAUAGCAUAACUUAUAUUUCAUUAGAAGGGGCUAAUGGAGGACACAGAUGCUACAGAUACAAAACUGCUAUUACAUGAAUAAUCUAAAACACAGAGAUCACUGGUUAUGUUUGAGCCAUGGUGGGGGAUAGAGUGAGAUCCUUGGACAAAAUAAAUAUGACUCUGAGAUUAUGGCUUACUAUUUGGAGUGCAAAGACCCUGAAUUCAGCACCAUGUUUGUGUUGAUGCUAGUGUUGUCAUUCCAAACAUCCACUUAAAAAAAAAUUAUUCCUUUUUGAUUGGAUGGGCAUUGUAUAUAUACAGCAUUUGCAUGACCACUGUGUUGAUGACAAACGCAUGGGUAUAGCUGUUGUUUUUUCAAACUGGAAGUUGAAGAUUUCAAAUUUAGAGGUAGGAUUAUUUUUAAUAUGAAUUCUUACAAAUGAAAACCUACCUUACCUAGUCCUCAAAACUUUUGCCUCCCUUUAUGAGGGGGCAUUGCUGCAAAAAAAAAAAAAAGAGUGAUUUUUCUUUUCUUUUUCUCUUUAUUUUCCUUAUUGACAUGAGGCAGACCAAAAUAGACCUUCACCUUGUGUUGGGAGUAUUGUAUUUAAUAAAUUAAGCAUUUUAUUUUUGCAAGUGCUCCCAUAAUAUUCUUAAUAUUUCAUUUACUUGCAUAUAUUAUUUAUUGAGGCACUUUAGGUUUUUCCUUCAGAAGCUUUUAGAGAUAGCUCAUAAAUAUUUUGAACAUUUCCAAAAGAAAACAGUUCACUGGACAGUGGUGGAUUUUUACCCUUCUCAAUGUCAUUGAAAAGGCAGCAUUACAAAUAAACAUGAGCAUAUAACUAUAAAGCCAUACUCAGUUAUCAUUAAUAAACUAGAUGUUAUUUCUUAACCAGUACUGAACUGAAAACAUACAAAAAGUGUAAGGAAGAUUCCUACAAAAUCAACCUUAAAUUUUUACUAGACUGUCUUAGAAGUUCACAUAGAAACCUAGAUAAAGACUUAGCAUCCACUGAAACCCAUUCUGCUGGAAUCUGAUUUUUAUAAUUUAAAGGAAUUUGCAAAUAAUUUUCAACAUAACAGCAGUAGAGGAGGAAGGUGUCAGAGUCUGCUGAUACUGUGCAGUGGGAAAGGGUUGCAGGUGGUGGAAGGGGAGGUGUUAAGCUUCUGUCUGCUGUAUUCUGUCUUAGUUUCUUAUGAGCUUAAGAAAAAGGCAUCUGAGAUGCUUCUGCUGCAGCACAGGCUCCAGCCUGAAAGCAAAGUGUUUUGCAAGCACUGAAAGAAUGUAUACCCACACAAAAAAACCCAAAAUCAAACAACAAAAGGAAACCCAACACCGCCCCAAAAUUGUACUUAGUGGCAUCUUAUUUUUGAUUUACUUGUGAGACUAUUAGAGUGAUUUUAGAGAAUAGCUAACAUUACAAAGCAUUGUGCAAUAACAUAGCAGUAUGUUAAACUUCAAAAGGACCAAAUGUUCUACAAAGCCACCAUAUGGAUAAUCUUAAGCUAUAU